AUGUCCCUGGGACUUCCGGAGAGCACCCUGCGUUACGACACACGCUAUGACACCGAGGUCCUGGAGAUCUAUGGCGACCUCAACCGACAACUGCAGAUGAUCGCCAGGCGCACCCCGUGGUACGACCCGAACUUGACGCCGAUCGCCGAGUACUACAACCUGAACGUGCCGGUGUUUCGCGGGACGCGGCUGCUCGAGGGCCUGUACAACAUGCUCAUCAACAGUCGCCGCACCUACUACAAGCCGCAGAGGCACUCCCGGGACUGGGACAACCGUUUCCAUGCGUCCAGCCUGGCACUCGGCUACGAGUAUGUGCACGGGCGCAACGCGCUCUUCUACCCGUACUCCAAUGUGGCCGCGCUCAACCUAACCUCCUCGGGCAAGUUGCGCGUGCUGGACAUUCCCAUGCUGGGCGCGAACAUGCUGCGUGGGCUGAUGGGUGCCAUCGACGAGCGCGGCUCACACAUCGACCACAAGGGACGUGUGCGAAGCUGGUGGAGCCACGAGACGGUGGCCAAGUACCACGUCAUCCGUGACUGCUUCUGGGUCCAGUAUAAGCAGGCACUGGAGGAAAUCCUUAGAGACGACGUGGACCUGAUCCGCACCAUAGAGGACGACAUCGCAGAUAAUGCUAUCGUCUAUCCACUUUUCAGGUACUACAUCCGGGAGGCCAAGCGCACGUUGGCCGUGGGCUCGGGGCUGAUGCUGCGCAGGCUGUUCUUUGUGCAGUUCGCGCGCGCCCACUGCUACCGCAGCAAUGACACGCGCUACGAGCGGCGCCUGGCGUUCUUCGGUGAAACGCCGCCGCGACUGCGCGUCAACCUGCCCCUGGCCAACUUCAAGCCCUUCACGGAGGCCUACGGCUGCCAGGAAGGGGACGCCAUGUUCCCACGCAAGGGGCGCUGUUCCCUCUGGUUCACCGAGGACGAGAGAUAA